UUUGUGUCCCUCUGUGGGAGUGUACAGCUUCCUCACGGCGCCAAACGGAGCCUCAAUCCCUCUGGUCAAAUAGGUCAGCAAGUUGUCAAAGGUUGACACCUGCCGCGGAUUCACGACUACUUUCCUUCCGGGAAAGAAAGCGUCUCCGUUCCUGUAGACAAUUAUUGUUUUUGUCGGCGGCAGGUCAGCUGCCCCUGCAGUUCCCGGCAUAGUUUACUAAGCUAACAGAAGCAGUUUCAACCGUUUCAACAACGAUGGCGCUUGGUGUCAAAAGUAAAUGUGUCACUCGCAGGUGUGUUGAGCCUCCUUAGACGUAACUGGAGAUAGCAUCUGAUAUGGAAACCACUUCUUCCACAUGAGAGGUGUGUUGUUGUGCUGACUUGGAGGUAAGCCAUGGAUGAUGGGAAGCCAGUAUGGGCGCCCCACCCCACCGACGGGUUCCAGCUGGGCAUGAUCGUUGACAUAGGAGCCGACACGCUCACCAUAGAGCCAUUGAACCAGAAGGGCAAGACCUUUCUUGCUCUGAUCAGCCAAGUCUUCCCAGCAGAGGAUGAUGUCAACAAACUUGUAGAUGACAACUGUUCCCUUAUGUACUUGAAUGAAGCCACUCUUCUCAACAAUGUCAGAGUGCGGUACAAUAAAGACCACAUCUAUACAUAUGUGGCCAAUAUAUUGAUAGCUGUGAAUCCUUACUAUGACAUCCCCAAACUGUAUGGGCCCGACUCCAUCAAGUCGUACCAGGGGAAGUCACUGGGAACUCUGCCACCUCACGUCUAUGCUAUAGCUGACAAAGCCUACAGGGACAUGAAGGUUCUCAAGAUGAGCCAGUCCAUCAUCGUUUCCGGUGAAUCUGGCGCUGGCAAGACUGAAAACACCAAGUUUGUUCUCAGAUAUCUCACCACAACAUAUGGAAGUGGUCAAGAUAUUGAUGAGAGAAUUGUAGAAGCAAAUCCCCUCCUCGAGGCCUUUGGAAAUGCGAAGACAGCCCGGAAUAAUAACAGCAGUCGCUUUGGGAAGUUUGUGGAAAUCCACUUCAGUGAGAAGAACGCGGUUGUGGGUGGAUUCGUCUCUCAUUACUUGCUAGAGAAGUCGAGGAUUUGCAUGCAAAGUAACGACGAGAGGAACUACCACAUCUUCUACAGGCUGUGUGCCGGGGCAUCCGAGGACAUAAAGAAGAAACUGCACCUGGAUUCUCCAGACAGCUUCAGGUACCUCAACCGAGGAUGCACCAGAUAUUUUGCCAGCAAGGACUCUGAUAAACAAAUAAUGCAGAACCGCAAGAGUCCUGAGCAUUUGAACGUUGGUUCUCUGAAGGACCCCCUUCUUGAUGACCUGGGUGACUUCAAUAGGAUGUGUGUGGCCAUGAAGAAGAUCGGUCUGGACGACACAGAGAAGCUGGACCUGUUCAGGGUGGUUGCCGGCGUUCUGCAUCUCGGCAACAUUGACUUUGAAGAGACAGGGAGCUCCUCAGGUGGCUGUGUCCUGAAGAAUCAGUCAGGCCAGACUCUAGAGUACUGUGCUGAUCUGCUGGGUCUGGACCAGGAUGAUCUGCGUGUCAGCCUCACAACCAGGGUCAUGCUCACUACAGCAGGGGGCGCCAAAGGAACAGUUAUCAAGGUGCCUCUAAAGGUGGAACAAGCUAACAAUGCCCGCGAUGCCCUGGCAAAGGCAGUGUACAGCCGCCUCUUUGAUCAUGUGGUCAAACGAGUAAACCAGUGUUUCCCCUUCGAGUCGUCCUCCAACUUCAUCGGGGUGCUGGACAUCGCUGGGUUUGAGUAUUUUGAACACAACAGCUUUGAGCAGUUCUGUAUCAAUUACUGCAAUGAGAAACUGCAGCAGUUCUUCAACGAGCGCAUUCUGAAAGAGGAGCAAGAGCUAUAUCAAAGGGAAGGGCUGGGAGUGAAUGAAGUGCACUAUGUUGACAACCAGGACUGCAUAGACCUAGUAGAAGCAAAGCUGGUGGGAGUCCUGGACAUUUUGGAUGAAGAGAACCGUCUUCCUCAGCCCAGCGACCAACACUUUGCACUGGCUGUUCAUAGCAAGCAUAAAGACCACUUCAGACUGACGGUUCCCAGGAAGUCAAAGUUGACCAUUCAUAGGAAUCUCCGGGAUGACGAGGGCUUUAUCAUCAGGCACUUUGCUGGAGCUGUCUGCUAUGAAACAACUCGGUUUGUGGAGAAGAAUAAUGAUGCCCUCCACAUGUCCUUGGAGAGCUUAGUGUGUGAAUCAAAAGACAAAUUUGUUCGAGAGCUGUUUGAGAACUCCAGCACCACCAAGGACUCCAAACAGAAAGCGGGAAAACUCAGCUUCAUCAGCGUUGGCAACAAGUUCAAGACCCAGCUUAACCUGCUACUGGAAAAGCUUCGGAGUACUGGCUCAAGUUUUAUCCGCUGUGUAAAACCCAACCUUAAGAUGGUCAGCCACCAGUUUGAAGGAGCUCUGAUUCUUUCACAGCUGCAGUGUUCAGGAAUGGUGUCAGUGUUGGACCUGAUGCAGGGGGGCUUCCCCUCCAGGGCCCCCUUCCAUGAGCUCUACAACAUGUAUAAACAGUAUAUGCCUGACAAGCUCACACGCCUGAAUCCACGACUCUUCUGCAAGGCAUUAUUCAAAGCUCUGGGGCUAAAUGACAGUGACUUCAAGUUUGGAUUGACCAGAGUGUUCUUCCGCCCUGGAAAGUUUGCUGAGUUUGACCAGAUUAUGAAGUCUGAUCCGGACCACCUCGCAGAGCUGCUUAAGAAAGUCAACACGUGGUUGGUGUGCAGCCGCUGGAAGAAGGUCCAGUGGUGCAGCUUGUCUGUCAUCAAACUUAGGAACAAGAUGAGUUACAGAGCUUUAGCCUGCAUUAAGAUUCAGAAAACUGUCCGGAUGUGGUUGUGUAAGAGGAAGCAUAAGCCACGCAUUGAUGGUAUGGUGAAGGUUCGAAACCUGAAGAAACACAUGGAGAGGUUCAACGAGGUGGUGAACGGGCUGAAGGAGGGCAAGCAGGAGAUGACCAAACAGGUUCAGGAGCUGGCCACCGCUAUAGAUGCUCUGUUAGCAAAGAUAAAGGCCACAGUGAUGACCUGGAAAGAGAUAGACACAGAGUACCAGGGGCUGGUGAAACGCUCAGAGCAGCUGCUCUCUUCAAUGCAAAAGAAGAAGCAGGAGGAGGAAGAGAGCGAGAGGCUGAAAUGCAUCGAGGAGGAGAUGGAGAAAGAGAGGAAGGGAAGGGAGAAGGAAGAACAACGACGCAAACAGGAGGAAGAGGACAGAAGACUGUAA